AUGCGGGGAAAGGAAGGGGCUAGGGUCUCCAUCAUCGAUACAAGGAAGCUUACAGGCCCACUGUACUUCGCCAAAGCCCUUGUACAGCAGAAUAAGAUCCGAAUCCCGGGCUACAGCGGAAUUGGAGAAUACCUUAUCUGGGGAGAGAUUCAGACGCCUGCGAUAAUUUGCUCCUUUAAGAUCACUACGCUCAUCCAAAUUACACAAAAGCAUGAAGAUAUCAGCAGAAUUCUGCAACUUGGCAGGAUUGCCUCUUAUAAACGUGUUCGCGGAAAGCUACGAACAGUUCUUUCAAAGGAGACCGGCAGUAUGAAUCUGGAUCAUGCUUCUGGUGUAAGCUUGGGUAAAUUACUCCAUCUUAUCAAUAUGCCCCAAGAAUAUUAUCAGAUGGUCGGUGAGGGCAUCCUCAGGUCAUGGCAAUUACGGAAACAGGGAGACUGGCAGGAAUUCUGCCAAGGCCUUGAAGUUGGAUUCACCCAGUUACCUCAAACAACCUUCAGUCCAUAUUCAGUCAACCUGAAUGCAACGCCUGCAGGACGAUCUCUGGCCAAGGGAAUUGGAACAGAUUAUCUUGUUCAGCAUGACACCGUUUUGCAUGAAGAGGAUGAAGAGGGAUUCGAAGAGAUAGAAGAAGACGACGAAGACGAAGAAGAGAAAGGUGAUGAUGAUAAUGACGACAUCCAGUCCACCUUUGACACUCCUUGUCCAGUUCGGCUAGCUCACUCUGUUUCGUCUAUUACCCCCCUGGUCACUCGGCCCGUCAAUCGAAUUGAACUCUACAAUGCCGCUACUGGAAACUGGUUUCUGGCCCAAGAGUCACAGCAAUCAACUCCUACAGAAGUUGAGUCUUCCUCUCCAGAAUCCAGCGUGAUUGUCUUGGACGACUUCGAAGAAGAAAUUGAAGAGCUUGGGGACCUGAUUGUGGGGGAAGAUAUGCAUGAUCUGGCUACACCUGAGCAUCCCCUGAAGGAUCAAUUCGCCACGGAUCGCGAGAGGAUCAAACGUCUUCUAAAGUGA